AUGAUACCUGGAGGCUUAACUGAAGCCAAACCUGCCACUCCAGAAAUCCAGGAGAUUGCUGAGAAGGUAAAAUCACAGCUUGAAGAAAAAACAAAUGAGACGUAUGAAGAAUUUGAAGCUGUAGAAUACAAAACUCAAGUGGUUGCUGGGGUUAAUUACUACAUUAAGAUUCGAGUCAGUGAAGAUGUUUAUAUUCACAUCAAAGUAUUCAAAAGUCUUCCUCAAGAAAAUCAGACUUUGAAACUCAUUGGUUACCAGACUGACAAGAGCAAAGAUGAUGAGAUAACAGGUUUUUAG